AUGCUGGGGAACGCGGCAACUCAAAUAAAUGCCAGGGAUACUAUGCAAUUAUCUUGUGGUGUCCCGAGGGGUGUUCCGAUAUGGAGGAACGCGGGCGUCUCCCUGAUAAACUUUAAGAGCACUGGAAAGGGCAAGCGCCUCCCUGGUAACAACCUCCAAACCCGCAAGAUGCUGGCGCAUGUCGUUACAGCGCGGUGCGCCCUGAAAAGGGAAGGCAUGGGUCGGCGGGCAUGUGUGGAGGGUCAAGACCGCCCCACUCAUGCCAAUUCAGCCAAUGGCGCCGCGCCGCUUUGCUAUUAUGUGUUCUUGUCAGGGGACCACCUUCCGUCUUUCUUCGGCGGACCAUGCCGUCAUAUCCCAACAAAAAAUAGGGAAACACAAGCCCAAAUAGGUGCACGCAGCCCUGGUGUCUCACUGCAAUCUAUCGUGAUUCCUUUUGCUUCCCUCUUUCGCUUGCUGUCGUCCCUCGCGUGUCCACUCUCUCGUUCCCGGUUCCAUUUCGCUCUUUGCUGCCACGCCCAACCGGCACGCGCGAUGAGCAAUACACGGCCACAGCUGGCCGGCAAAGCGUCGCAGGACACGCUGGCGUCGAUGCUGGAGCUCGAGCCCAUGCCAAUGCCCGAUUCACCGUUGCCAACACCGCCCGCUGCAGCCGACGUGGAGACCGACAAAGAGCUGCCGCCUCUACCAAGCGAGGGAAGUGACGAUGCCGAGGCGGAUGCGGGGGCGGGCGUUUUGUCCAGCGCGAAGCAUGGCCACAGUCGUUCGGUGUCUGCGACCAUUAAGGGCACGACUGCCGCCCUCGGCCUGAGCCACGGCCACGGUGCUGUCUACUACUUAUCCCGUAUCCAGCGCUACUCCUCCUAUGCCUUCACUAUCUUCUCGUCCGUCCACCUGGCCACCACCUCCCUCAUCCCGCUCGCCACUCGGUCCGUCCCAGCCUCCGAGUCCUACCUUCUCCUCGCCCGCGAAAUCUACCAGACCCGCCUCUCCGAGCCCCUGCUUGUCUUUCUGCCGAUUGCCGCCCAUGUCGCUGCUGGUGUCGGCUUGCGUCUCGUGCGCCGCAGCCAGAACGCGCGCCGCUACGGCCGUACCACCGCCAGCAAUUGGCCGCCCUUCAGCGUCAUCGCGGCGUCGGGGUAUGGCUUUGCCGUCGCCGUCGGCGCCCAUAUCUUCUUGAAUCGCCUGCUGCCCGUUGCCGUCCAGGGUGACAGCUCGGACAUUGGCCUCGCCUAUGUUGCCCACGGCUUUGCGCGCCAACCCGUCGUGUCCUGGCUAUCGUACGGUGCCUUCUUGGCCGCGGCGUCGGGCCACAUGGUAUGGGGCUGGGCGCGGUGGUUGGGCGUCGCACAGCGGGCCGCGUGGUCGAGCCUGGAUCUUUUGCGGGGUGGAGACCGGGACGUGUCGGCCGGUGGUGGGGCGCGCGAGCCCAAGGCACUCCAAAAGCGGCGGCGCCGCACGUGGCUGGCCGUGCAGGGCGGCGUGCUUCUAGCAUUCUGCCUCUGGGCAUCGGGUGGCCUGGGCGUCGUUGCGCGCGGCGGGCCUGUACAGGGCUGGGUAGCAAAGGUAUACGACGAGCUCUACGCCAAGACACUUGUAUUAUGA